AUGGAGAUUUCAUGGACCAAGGAAAUGUCCAGCGGCAGCCACAGCUCAAAGGACCUCCCUACGGCGAUCCUCCUCAACAUCCUUUCUCGACUGCCAGCAAAAUCUCUUUUUCGUUUCCAAUGUGUCUCUAAGAUUUUCUAUAAGCUAGUCAACGACCCCUCUCUAGCUGCAAUGCAUCUUCAGCACACCGAUAUGAUUGAGGAGCCACCUCUAGUCAUGGUCCAUUCUAGGUCUGCAUCCAAAUAUUCCAGAUUAAUGCUGUUUCGAGGCUGGAAAUACAAUGGCGAUAGUUGGACAGCAACAAGCUAUGAUGACAGUUUCUCUUCAGGUAUUUUGUCCAUUGAAACUAAAUAUGAGCUAGAGUUUGCUUCUGGUGGCUUGCUUUGCUUUAAGGACUCUAGUUUAUCAAGAGGUCCAGCCCUAUUAUGCAAUCCACUUAGGGGAGAAGCUCUAGAGCUCCCACCUUCUAAUGUUAAUUCACUAUCCCGCUUGAAUGAGUGGUACGGUAUAGGAGUGGAUGCCACUACCAGCACCUACAAGAUUGUUAAUAUUGUUUUCGGGAUUGAUCCUAGCCGUUCCAGUUCAUAUUUGACCCAAGUUCAUGUAUUGGGGACAAGCUCUUGGCGACGAAUACCCGCGGUUCCUCCUUGUGGUUUAAGUAAGCAGAAUGCAUUUGCAUAUGGAAACACAUAUUGGUUGAUUGGACAAUGUAUACUAUGUUUCGACUUCAAUGAGGAGAGGUUCAUAUGGACUUCUCAUCCCAACUUACCCUCCAAAAGGGUUCUUAACUUGCUUAAUUUGAGAGGAUCUCUGGCCAUUGUUGAUGCUACUUCAGUAUCAGUUACCGAAGUUGAGGUAUGGGUGUUGAAAAGUCAUGAUAAGAAAGAAUGGGUGAAGGACUACAACAUAAAACUCAAUGUUGGUCCAUCUUAUUGUUAUGAAUGGUGGCCUCUCAAUUGUUUUAUUCUUGUUGAUGACUCUAGGAGCAGAAAAAGCAUUGUGGGUGUGCUCCAUUACAAUCUAGGGUGGGGUUCUAGGAAACGCUUGCGUUGUGGAAAUGGAAGAGUUGAAGUGAAUUCCGUCCCCAAGAUCUUCAGUUACACCGGAAGCCUGAUUUCUCUAAAAACAUAUGGUAAUUUAUUGGUAGAAGGAUCAGAGGCAGCUCAGGGGAUUGGAACUUUGUUAUCUGGGAAAGCCACUUAG